AUGGCGACUCCCAUGCAUCGGCUCAUAGCCCGGAGACAAGCAUUCAACACAGCGUUCCAGCCUGUCAAGACCUUUUGGAUCCUGGUUCAGUCGUCCAUUGUAUUAGAAUCCCAGCUUUGUGUCAACUGCAGUGAAGCAAAUAAGCAACACGUAAGGUGUCAGAAAUGCUUGGAAUUUGGACAUUGGACUUACGAAUGUACCGGAAAAAGAAAAUACCUCCAUAGGCCUUCAAGAACAGCGGAACUAAAGAAAGCUUUGAAAGAAAAAGAAAACAAAUUGUUAUUACAACAAAGCAUUGGAGAAGCCAGUGUAGAAAGAAAGACCAAGAAGAAAAGGUCUAAGAGUGUAACCAGCUCCAGUAGCAGCAGCAGCAGCAGCAGCAACAGCUCAGCCAGCGAUUCUUCAUCAGAGAGUGAAGAAACAUCUACCUCAUCCUCCUCCGAGGACAGCGACACUGAUGAAAGCUCUUCUGGUUCGUCGUCUUCAGCCUCCUCCACAAGCUCAUCCUCGUCGUCCGAUUCCGACUCAGAUUCCAGCUCUUCCAGCAGCAGCAGCACCAGCAGCGAGAGCAGCUCCGAGGAGGAACCACCGAAGAAGAAGAAAAAGAAAUAGAAUCACUCCACUCAUCCUGGACUGAAGGACCGAAAACUUGCCUCUGAGUCUCAAAAGGGAAUCUAGAAUAUGUUAAAGCCAAAUAGGUUAAGUGGCCAAAAUUUUGAGAGCUCAAAAGUUUCUAAAUGUUUUACAUUAUAAGAGCAUAAAAGUAUUAAUAAUGGAUUAUAUAUAUACUUUUUUAUUUUAAGGGUGAAUCUUGUUUUUCUUUUUUAUCUUUAAAAUAUAUCUCUAAUACUUAAUCAAAAGCUGAAAUCCAGUAGAUCUGUUUUUGUGAUAAAGCUUAUCUCUUCUCCCUGUGAAAUAAAUGCUAUACUUUGUUAUAUGUUAGUGUUAUGUAUGAAACAUAUUUUUAGGAUAAUGCAUCAGAAUAUAUGGCAGUGAAUUUCUAAUGCUUGUGUCUGUGUGUUAUUAUGUCAGGUUUAAUACAUUGUUAUUAUAAGCUUAGGAGUUUUCCUACUGUUAAUAAAUGUGCUCUAUUUUUAUGUUUAUGUUCAAAGGUUAUUUAGACUUCUUGUCCUAAAUGAAAAGUUCAAGGAAUCUAUUAAUAUAUUUCUACCUUUUCGAUGGUAAAAGUUCCAAGUUACUGUGUUGUAUCAUUCAUUUUCUUCUGGUUCCUAGAGACACUUUUCUGAGGAGCAUCAUUCUAAAGGAACUUAAAAAGGAACAGAAACUCUGAAACACCUUAGGAAUCUAAUCUUGGUGCCUUUUGAUAAAUUCAGUGUCUCAGAAAACAGUCAUUAAAAAGGCUAGCAAGUAAAGGUGAUAUAAAUAUCUUUGUGUGUUAAUAUGCUAUAAAGGUACCAUUCAAAGGGAAAAAGAAAGUUAGAGGAAGGAAGGUAAUUUUUACAGAAAAUUAAGAUGAUAUUGGUUGCCUUUUAUUAAAUUUUUUUAAGCUUUCAUGAAGAUAGCCUUUUUUCAUUUUUGCAAUUACAGUAGGACAGUUUAUGUGAUAACUGGUCAUAUACAACAGUCUACUGCAUAAAUAUGAGAGACUUGGAUGAAUCUGGUGUGUUAGCACAGCACAUACACACUCG